UGUUUUUUUAGCACAUAAGCGACUUUAAACAUGUCUCGACGGUAAACAAACUUUCAAGUAAAAUUAUGAACCAGUAUACACCAUCCAAAGUGUAUGGAUCAAUUAUGCGUUCACCAAGAUUACAGAGACAUCCACACGACAUGGAUGACGAGAAUAUCUCUCCUCUUACUGAUGUUAAAUUAAUCGACAGAAAGAUUCAGGUUUCUGCUGUUGGUGAAGUUACACACCCGCCAGAUCGAUGCACGCUGGUGAUUAAGAUCGUAUCAGAGAAAAGUGACGUUGACGAGGCAAAAAGCAGUGUUAAAAGGAGAUUUGAUUAUGUACUUCAAACCUUACACAAUCAUUCAGUAAAGGAAUCAGAUAUAAAAGUUUAUAAGAACAUGAGAAGAGUGGACAGCAUGUACAGUCUAGAGACAAUUAUAGAAGUCAUAUUCUGUGAAGUACAUAAAUGUCAAACUGUUUCUAAUAUACUUGUGGAAAAGUUAGAUGAAACUGUCACUGUUUGUUUACCACAAUUUAGUCAUGCACAACAGACUCUACACAAUUUAAGGCAGCAGGCCAGUUUACUUGCCAUUCACAAUGCAAAACAAAAAGCUCAGGAAAUGGCUAGGCUUGUACACCAGGCUGUAGGUAGGCCACUCUGUGUCAGGGAAGAGGAAACAAAAGAAUGGAAUGGAUCUAAUGAAACUUUGGAAGACAUAGAAUCUGUAAAAUCUGUUCAACAAAGAGUGACAAAUGCUACUAUUUCUAUUUCUAGUAAAGUUUUUGUCACAUAUGAACUCAAACCUAAAAUUAAAAAGAAAACAAUAAGCUAGUCAGUACUGUGUAUGUUGUCUCACUUGUUAAGUAAAAGUUGGAAGCAACACACAGAUAUGACUUUAUUGCAACAAUGUUGAAAAUGUCAAAUACCUUGAUAUGGUUUACCUUCUUUCACAUAUGUUAAUUAAAAUGUGUAUGGACGGGGGCUGUUUGUGGUCAAAUCUUGUUAGCAGAUAUUAAACUUUUUUAAAUGUACUAGUGGUCAGGAUCAUGAGUAACUUUCGUGGUAACUAUGCAUGACUGGUUGAAAUAUUUUGCAUAUAAUUACACCUUAUGUAAGUAUCCUGCGUUUUAUUGGUUGAUAGCUAGUGUAAUUUUCUUGUAUAUUCAUGUUAACGUUUAAAUGAAUAUUGUUCAUAUUUCACCAUCACAGGGGCAUUUGCCAACCCAUACAUGUAUAUUUCAUUUUUACCCUCAAAGGAGACACUUGAUCAGUUAUGCCCUUUAUUAAAUGAGUUUUUUCCUCACAUUGUGAAGCGGAAAAAUAAUGGAAUUUAUUAGAUUUUAAAUAUUUAAACUAUCCAUCUCUAAUGAUAUUCAGUAUAAUUUUAAUUUAAGCAGAGUUAUCAUGUUCAGUAGGGUAUUUGCGAAAAAGACCAGUUUGAAGAAGAAAUUUUCUUUGCCUGGAAGCUGAGGAAAUGUUACCUUCUUUCAACUGGUAUUUUGCAAAUAUCCUUCCUUAACAUGAUAUAUCUGUUCAUAAUUUGUUGUAUGGAUAAUGUGCCCAUUUGGAACAGUCCAGUGGUCAGGAUUUUAUAGAAACCUAACUAUUUUUAAAAGAACAAAUACUUAAAUAAUAAUUCAAAUGUGAAUUGAUGUAUGGUAUGCAUAUUUGUCAGAUAUAGUUCAUAUGGCCUUGAUUCAUACUACAUGAACAAUGUUCAGGUAAAAAGCAGAUAAUGUUACAAUGAUUAUCCAACAUAACAUAUAUAGGGCUGCCAUUUAUUUCUUGUUUAUUAGUCUGUGUCAUAUGCUUUAAAGAUUUGCAAACAUUUAGAUAAAACCAACAAUUAUUGUUGGUUUUAUAUAUAUAUACUUUCAUGGCAGUACAUUGUACUACAUUUUCUCAUAAAUAGAUUGUGAUAUUCUUACAGAUAUAUUUUAAGUAUUUGCAGUUAUUGACCUUCUCAUGAAUUGAAGAAUGUGUAAUUUUUCAAAGAGGAUAACAUUUGCAUAAACCUGGGACAUAAUAUAUAUUGUUAGUAUAAUAGUUCCAGCAUUAACUCAAAUAAUUCCUGACAAAGGGGAGAUAAUUCAUAUAGAAAUUACAUGCUAAUUCAGUAAUUAUAAUGCAUUUGUUUAGCAAUGGACAGAAGUAUGUGGUAAAUUGACACAAUUUCUGGACAAUUAAUGCUAUAAAAUUAUAAAAUAUAUGUAUUCUCAAUAGUGCAAUUUAAAAUCCUGUCAAUUUUUCACUAUAAUGAGAAUAUCAUAAAUUCUCAAUAAAUUAGUUAUUUUGUUUUAUUUGCAAAACAAUUAUUCUCCUCUUUUUGUCUUUAUAAUCAAAAUUCAUAAAACUGAAAAUUUUGAAUCCAGUAUUUUUCAAAAUCAUCCUACAUAUUUAUGGAAACUUAAAAAAAAUCUUAUCUUAUAUAAAUUAUUUUAAUUCACCUCAAUUUUUUAGGGUUAAGUCUUCUUAGAAACAAUAUAUGAAAGGUCUACAAUUUUUAUUAGAGAGAGGACAUAUUAUGAAUAUGACAUUUUUUUUAAAGUUGGUUAACCUUAAAAACAAUAUUUAAACAAACGUGAAAGUGUGAAGCAAAACUGUGAUAUAUCAUAAAUACAGUGAGAUUUUAUCAGAAGUAUACAACAAGUAGAAUAUUAGUUGUGAUUACAUUUUUGGUAAGAAAAAGCUGUUAUUUACAAUGAAAAUGGUCGGUGUAGUACAUUUUAUUUUAGAUAUGUAAUAAAUGAAUGAUAUAAA